AUGGCUGGAGAAACCUUCUGCCUGAAUGCCGUCUCUGUCUCGGCGGAUGAGGAUCCCUCCCAGAACCAAAGCAGCAAGGACAAAGGAAAGGUCCAGCCUAGCGGCCGCAAAUUCGCGGGCAGAAUUAUGAAGAAGAAGAAGCAAAAGAAGAAGGCCCCUCCCAUUGGCUCUGCGCGUGACUUCCCCUGCCGCCCCUGCGUUACUCGCGCUACCAAGAGCCCAGGGUAUGAGUGCGCCUCCCAGGACAAUACUGGUGCCGCUUGCUGGGCCUGCGCAAAGAAUGGUCAUACCUGUAGGCCUGUCCCUCCUGGUGCAGUCGCUGCUGUGCGUGCCUUUUGGGAGCUGAACCGGCAGAUUGACGAUAUGAACGAGGAUCCUUGCGAUGCCUGGCGAUCCGCCGCCCAGCGUGCAGCACAGCAGCUUCGUGCCUGCAGUGCCGCUCCAGCUCCGGCUCUGGCUCCACGUGGUGAGGCAGAUGGAAAGACUCUCGAGGAGCGAAAGGUUGCAGCGUUGGAGGCUAUUGCUGAGGCUGCUCGGCUCUGGACUCAACUUAACAAGCUAGACGAGGAGAGCGUGGAGGAGGAUGAAGAUGGAGAGGACGAAGGUAACUAAGCCUUGAUUAGCGUCCGAUGUGGAGGGUGGUUAAGGGGCCUUUAUAUCCAUCGUACAACGAAGCUGCUCUUCGCUGGUCCGCUGCGACCCCGCUGCUGUUGCCGAACCUACUCUUGCGUCUCAAAC